AUGGCUUCAUCGUUGACAACGUCGCCGGCCGUGCGUAGCGGCGAACUUACCGACCUCGUAUCGACAUCUGCCUCCGCGACCGUCUACCCCACUGACGACUCAAUACUUACCGUCCUUCAAGCCCGAUUCCGGUCCGACCAGCCCUACAGUAGAAUAUCGACCUCUAAUUACGUCGUUGUCAACCCCUACAAGGCGCUCGCCAACACGAACGACGUCAGCGCCCGCGAGUAUGAAGAACGCUGCUACAAGGACACCAAUUUGCAGCUGCCGGGCACGCCGUCGGUUCAGCCUCAUAUGUAUGAACUGGCGGCACGUAUAUAUCUGCUGAUGAGGAGAAGAAACGAGUCGCAGUCGGUGGUAUUCAGAGGUAUCACUGGUUCUGGAAAAUCGUCAAGCUCUCGGCUGGUCGUUGAGCAGAUCCUCCGCAUGUCCGCCCAUUCUAAGCGCGAAAUCAAGCUCGCCGAACAGGUGAAGGCCCUUACGACGCUCCUCGACUCGUUCGGUAACGCGAAGACACUCAUUAACCCCAACGCGUCCCGCCAUGGCCGCUACUUGGAGCUCCACUUCAACGAGCGCGGCCGCAUUGGCUCAGCCAAGGUGCUGACAUACGGCCUCGACAAGUCGCGCCUAAACCGCUUGACGCACGAGGAGCGGACGUACCAUGUCUUCUACCAGUUUCUUGCAGGGGCCACUGCUGAAGAACGCGAUCACUUCAAUCUAGAAGAUCCGUCCGAUUACGCCCUCCUUGCGUCCUCGGGAUGCUACCGUUUGCCGGGUGGCCCCUUCAGCGACGAUUCCGUCGCGAUGGAUGAGCUCCGUGCGUCGAUGAAGACACUUGGCUUCAAGCCAAAGCACAUCUCCGCUAUCUUCACUGUCCUUGUCGCCAUCCUUCUCCUCGGGAACAUCGAGUUCGCGGAUGGUGACGCCCGCGAUGUCUCAGCCUACGUCGUCAACACCCCUAUCCUUGAACAGGUUGCGCUCUUGCUCGGCGUCCCUUCCGAAGAGCUUGCGCAGAUCCUCACCAACAAGACUAGUUACGUUCGCAAGGAGCUAUAUACAGUCUUGCUCAACGCUGAGCAGAGCGCGGCACAGCGGGACUCACUUGUCCGCGACCUUUAUGCUAUCCUCUUUGCAUUCGUCGUGGAGACUGCCAAUCACCGCAUCGCUCCUGGUCCUCAAGAUCUGCCGCCGUCCGCCCAGCUCGUCCUCUUGGAUCAGCCUGGUUUCCAGAGUCGCGCUCCGACCGGCACCAACUCCAUGGCCCUUACGGGAGCUGCUCCACUCAUCUCUGCCUAUGGGCAGAACGGCUUCGACGAAUUCUGCAUCAACUUCCAGGAUGAACUGCUGCACUCGUACGUGCUUCGGCAGACGUUCGAUGACUCGGUUGGUUACAAUGGGCUGAUCACGGGCGACGGUGUGACGCUCCCCGACGUGAAGACGAUGGACAACGGCGCAUGCGUCGAGCUAUUGCGUGGCAUUCAACUCAGCGAAAAGGUGGUAAAAAAACCGGCCGGCGUGCUGGGUGUCAUGAACAAGGCAUCGUCGUCCUUCAGGUCCGGAAAAAGUGGUGAUAAGAAGGACGAGGAGAUGAUGCAGACGCUCGUGUCACAGUUCGGCGUCCACGCGUCGUUCGUGGCGAGUCCGAGCAUGGCCGGCGCAUCGGAAAGAAACCUGUUCGGCAUCAAUCAUUACGCCGGCGGCUGUUCUUACGAUGUGUCCGGGUUCAUCGAGAAGGACACGGAUAUCCUCGAUCCCGCGUUUGUGUCCCUGCUCAGGACCUCGUCCGAAGGCUUCAUCGUCAAGCUCUUUUCCGGGCCGAGUAUGGCCGCGGAGAAGCACUAUAAAGAUGAGAGCAUCAUCGUUCAGGCUCAGGUCUCUUCCCGCCCUCUUCGUCAACCCACCCCCCUCCGCUCUCGUGAAGGCCAAUUACUGGCCGAUGACCACUCUAUCCUUGAUCCCACCAAGGUUUACCCCGUUACCACCCAAUUGAACUACAACAUCUCCGAGCUCCUCCGCAUCCUGGAUAACACACGCUCAUGGACGGUGUCUUGCAUACGCCCGAACGAUUCAGGAUCGCCGAAUUCAUUUGACAAGCGCCGCGUCAAGUCACAAAUUCGCUCUCUUCUUCUUCCUGACAUCGUUGCCCGGCGUCGAGUGGAGUAUACCGUCGAGUUCGAGCAAACUGCGUUUUGCGAUCGUUAUGUGCCGACAAUGCGUGGCUCCGAGGGAGAGCGCAUUCGACAAUGCGCGCAGGCGAACGGCUGGCAUGAGGGCAGAGAUUAUGUCCUUGGUCAUCGUCUGAUCUGUUUGGCUUACCCCGCGUGGAAGAUGGUGGAGGAUGUUGUCAGGGCAGCGGAGAAGGAGAAUCGCACUGCGUCGAUGGACGGGGCCGAAGAAGAUGACAUUGGUCCCGACGAUGCCACCGAGAACACUCAUCUGAACGCGCCUAGCUUGGUACACAAUCCGUUCGCGUCUAGCGCCGACAAUCUCGUGUCUCAGCAUCAGACCGGUGGCUCAUAUAGUCCUUCCAUGCAAGGUGGCUACGGCGGAGGCGGACUAUCGACUCCUAUCACGCCCGGUGCACAUCACUACGACGAUCCUGAGGGCAGCGCAUGGGACUCCGAAUGGGGCGAUAAGAAGGAUCGGGGUGCAGGAGAAGGCGCUACUCCACCUGAUAUACCCCACAUGUCGAAGGAAGGUAAUGGUCUCAUCGUCAACCAGGCCCCGAAUGCCGUAGAGGCUGUUCCGUCAAGCCGAUCGCGCAGGAUGUGGCUAUGGGUAGUACGGGGGUGCACGUGGUGGAUACCGACCUUCCUGCUCAGCGCUGUAGGGAGGAUGAAGCGUCCGGACAUACGCCUGGCAUGGCGAGAAAAGGUCACGAUUUGCCUGCUCAUCUUUUUCAUCAACGCUCUCGUCAUCUUCUACAUUAUCGAAUUUGGGCGCCUCCUUUGCCCGAACUUCAACAAGGCUUGGUCUGCCAACGAGGUCGCAGAGCACACGGACGACAAUAAUUACUGGGUCUCAAUCCAGGGCUGGGUCUACGACGUCUCGGAUUUCGUCCACGGCGAUCAUAGUGAUAUCAGCGGCGAGGCUAGCAAUGGCGAAGACACGCUCGACGCGCUUGCGGGACAGGACCUGACGCAAUACUUCCCAGUUCCGCUUUCUCUGGCCUGCCCAGGGCUUGUCGACGAUCAGACCCUUACGUUGACAGUGAAGAACGACACCGUUACGAUCACGCAGGCUGUGCAUACUUCUGGUUCGUUACAGUCCGCCCAGAACACGAAAUUGGACGAUGCGGAUUGGUACACUUCGAGGUUCCUUCCCAAAAUCAAGCAGUUCCGCAAAGGUCCAUUGGUUGUCACAAAGAAAAAGAUAGCUGCUGAAGCCAACGACGACGAUAUUGCUAAGGUCUGGGCGAUAUACAAGGACCAGAUUUUUGAUCUUACGGACUACGAGAACACAGUCACGAUCAAUUCCGCCUCCAGCACAUACCAGUUCUUAGAUUCCGAUAUCGUAGGUGUGUUCAAAGAGCGCGCUGGUCAGGACAUCACGAAACCACUGGAUGCCGUCCUCAAGACGAAGGAUUCGAGCACCGUCCAGAAAAACAUGGAUUGCCUCAGUAACGCGUUCUACGUCGGCAAAGUCGAUUUCCGCAAGAGUCCCAGAUGCCAGGUCCAGAACUACUUCUUGUUAGCAGCCUCCGGCGUGCUCAUGGCGUCCAUGCUUGUUAAAUUCUUGGCCGCUCUGCAGUUGUCCCCAAAGAGAAAUCCCGAGCUUCAGGACAAGUUUGUUCUUUGUCAGAUUCCUUGCUACACUGAGGGCGAGGAGUCAUUGCGGCGGACGAUUGAUUCCUUGGCUGCCUUGAACUACGAUGACAAGAGGAAGCUGUUAUUCGUCAUCUGCGAUGGCAACAUUAUUGGUAGUGGCAACGACCGGACGACCCCGCGCAUCGUUCUGGACAUCCUCGGUGUCGAUCCCAAGCUAGACCCCGAACCACUCCUGUUCAAAUCCAUCGGAGAAGGUUCCAAGGCGAUCAACUACGGGAAGGUCUACUCUGGACUAUAUGAAUUCGAGGGUCAUGUCGUACCGUAUAUGGUAGUCGUCAAAGUCGGGAAACCUACCGAGCGAUCGAAACCCGGUAAUCGUGGCAAGCGCGAUAGUCAAAUUCUAUUGAUGCACUAUCUCAAUCGCGUGCAUUUCGACUCUCCGAUGUCACCGCUGGAGCUGGAGAUCUAUCAUCAAAUGCGCAACGUCAUAGGGAUUGACCCUGCAUUCUACGAGUAUAUAUUUACCGUGGAUGCCGACACUACGGUCACGACGGAGUCCUUAAACCGAUUGGUAGCCUCAGCAGCCGACGACUCGAGUAUAAUUGGUAUUUGCGGAGAGACCCGUCUGGAGAACGAGGAGGGUUCAUGGUGGACCAUGAUCCAGGUAUACGAAUACUACAUCUCGCAUAACCUCAGCAAGGCCUUCGAGAGUUUGUUCGGUUCGGUUACCUGUCUUCCCGGAUGUUUUACCCUCUACCGCAUCCGCACUGCUGACAAGGGUCGCCCUAUCAUCAUCUCCAAUCGCGUCAUCGACGAAUAUUCGGAACCAAACGUUGAUACGCUGCAUAAGAAGAAUCUGUUCUCGCUCGGCGAGGAUCGUUUCUUGACAACCCUUCUUAUGAAGCAUUUCCCGACGUUCAAGACGAAGUUCAUCCCGGAUGCCAUCGCUCGCACUGUGGCUCCGGAGUCCUGGCGCGUGCUGCUUUCUCAACGUCGGCGAUGGAUCAACUCGACCGUCCACAAUCUGUGCGAACUGAUCCUGCUGCCGGAAUUGUUCGGAUUCUGCUGCUUUUCCAUGCGUUUCUUCGUGUUCCUUGACCUGCUCGGUACUUUGAUCUUGCCUGCUACAGUUGUCUACUUGAUCUAUCUCAUCGUCGUCGUUGCUACCGGAUCCGCGCCCCUUCCUAUCAUAUCGAUAGCCAUGAUAGCAGCUGUCUAUGGUCUUCAGGCUCUGGUCUUCAUAUUGAGACGCGAGUUCAUGCUCGUCGGGUGGAUGGUUGUCUAUAUCCUCUCAUAUCCGGUCUACAGCUUCUUCCUACCGGUCUACUCCUUCUGGUGCAUGGACGAAUUCGGUUGGGGUAACACUCGCCUGGUCAUUGGCGAGGGCAAGGACAAGAAAGUCGUGCUCAAUGACGAUGAGAAGUAUGACGAGUCUAUGAUCCCUCUCAAGAAGUUCAGUGAGUACGAAGCCGAAACCUGGGAAACCGUAUCGCACCGUUCGGGUGAAUCGGGUUACAACUCUCGAUCGCGUUCGCGUCCACCAGCGUCUCGGUCGCAAUCGCCGUUACAUCCGUCUUCUCAAUCCGGCGACUAUUACCGCGACACGAACCUCGUAGCACAGAAGACCGGCGUCUCCAAUAUGAGCGAGCGUCUGCGCAAGCAAGGGUCCAACAGCAACAUGUCACAGUACGGAGCCGCCCAGCAAAUGUACGGCGGAGUGCCGCAGCUUCCGUUCAUGCCGUUCGCUAGCGGCCCCGGCUCUGCUGCUGGUUCUGACUAUGGCGGACAUCCGAUGCAUAUGCCACCGAUGGGCUUCCAGCACACUGGCGGUAGCAUGUACGGCAGCAUGUAUGGGCCAGGGGCCCCGGCGAUGUCGCAGUAUGCUGGGAGCAUGUAUGGUGCUCCUCAGAUGCCAGCGGUAGGCCAGUUCGGCGAGAUGGGCGGAUCCCAAUCGGGUCUCGGAGCGCCAACGAUGAGCAUGAACCAAAGGCCGAUGUCCACCUUCUCCAUGGCGACGACAGUCAAUCCGUUCGCCGGCGGACCGAGCAUGAAUCCUAACCCCACUGACGAAGAACUCUUCACCGCGCUCCGCAAUUAUCUCAGCACACAGGAUCUCAUGACUGUCACGAAAAAGACUGCGCGUGAGGCGAUGACGGCCCGCUUCCCCAAUGCGGAUCUCUCGACUCGCAAGGACUUCUUGAAUGAGUCAAUCGACAAGAUUCUCUCUGACGCGUGAACGUCCGCGCCAGGUGGACGUAUGCACUCUCUUCCCGCAUGUCAAUGAUUGGACAGUUGGACUUGGACGGUUCGGACUAUCAUUUGUUUCUUCAUCACGUACGGACUUCUGCAUUGGCAUCUCACCCUCACCAUACGUACACUAUGCAUAUUUCUAUUAGUGUCAUUAGAAUCCUUGAUAGCAUGGUCUCUCCAAUGAACCGUCGAACAAUUCUAAU